AUGCGCGAAAUCGUCCACCUUCAGACUGGCCAGUGUGGCAACCAAAUUGGUGCCAAGUUCUGGGAGGUUGUUUCGGAUGAGCAUGGAAUCGAACCCGAUGGUCUGUACAAGGGGAACAAUGACCUUCAACUCGAGCGCAUCUCAGUCUACUAUAAUGAGGUCGGUGCAAACAAGUACGUUCCCCGCGCUGUGUUGGUCGACCUCGAGCCCGGUACCAUGGACUCGGUACGGUCGGGUCCUCUGGGUAGUCUUUUCCGCCCCGACAACUUUGUUUUCGGACAAAGUGGAGCGGGUAAUAACUGGGCGAAGGGCCAUUACACUGAGGGUGCUGAGCUCGUUGAUGCCGUCCUCGAUGUUGUGCGUAAGGAAGCUGAGGGCACAGACUGCCUUCAAGGUUUCCAGAUCACCCACUCUCUUGGUGGUGGAACUGGUGCUGGUAUGGGUACACUCCUGAUUUCCAAAAUCCGUGAGGAAUACCCUGACCGAAUGAUGUGCACGUACUCUGUUGUUCCAAGUCCCAAGGUGUCAGACACUGUCGUUGAGCCGUACAAUGCCACACUCUCCGUCCAUCAACUUGUCGAGAACUCCGACGAGACUUUCUGUAUCGAUAACGAGGCUCUCUACGACAUUUGCUUCCGCACUCUCAAACUCACGACACCCACAUACGGCGAUCUCAACCAUCUCAUCUCCAUUGUUAUGUCUGGUAUCACGACUUGCUUACGAUUCCCUGGUCAACUCAACUCCGAUCUGAGAAAGUUAGCCGUUAACAUGGUUCCUUUCCCCCGUCUACAUUUCUUCAUGCCUGGCUUUGCACCACUCACCGCGCGAGGAAGCCAACAAUAUCGUGCUGUGACCGUCCCUGAGUUGACCCAGCAGAUGUUCGAUGCGAAGAACAUGAUGGCUGCUUCGGAUCCCCGUCAUGGCCGCUAUCUCACCGUCGCCGCCGUCUUCCGUGGCAAAGUAUCGAUGAAGGAAGUCGAAGAGCAAAUGCAGAACGUCCAGAACAAGAACUCUGCUUACUUCGUGGAAUGGAUCCCCAAUAACGUUCUUACUGCUCAAUGUGACAUCCCACCUCGUGGAUGCAAGAUGGCCGUUACCUUCUUGGGCAACUCAACCGCCAUCCAAGAACUUUUCAAGCGUGUCAAUGACCAAUUCGCUGCCAUGUUCAAGCGUAAGGCUUUCUUGCAUUGGUACACGCAGGAGGGUAUGGACGAGAUGGAAUUCACGGAAGCCGAAUCAAACAUGCAAGAUCUUGUCGCUGAAUACCAACAAUACCAGGAUGCUACUGCCGAUGAGGAAGAAGGCGAAUACGAAGAGGAGCCUGUUGAAGAGGAACAGUGA